AUGAGUCAGAACCCCGACGGUUCCACUUCCGGCGACGAACACGACGCGCCGGGUCCGACCCCAGUCACGGCUAUCCCGAUAGCCCCCGCUUUUGUUGAUACCAUCAUGGAACGUUUUGCCCGACAAGACGCUGCCCAAAAAGCAGCUACCGAGCAAAUCGCCGCAAUCGCCGCGCUACUCGCUCCUCUCGCCGGCGCUCCCGACGCAGCCACUGAUACCAUUCGCAGACAACUGUUCGCUAGCGACACAACCGCCGGCCCGGCGAACCAAGGCGCUCCUCCCAGCACUCUCAACCCAGAUGCUGCCCCGUUCACUCCUGCAAACCCAGAUCUGCAAAUGGUUCGCGAAGUCGCAGCACUCAAACAGUCGCUUCUGGACAUAAACUCCAAGAUCCACUGCGUUACCACCUCUGCACCACAGAUAGAGCGCGUUUUGGCGAACACCCUCCGAACACCGUUCUCUCCAGCGAUAACCAGCGUCAGACUACGACACAUCGAGAAGCUCCGGCUGCCGACGUACGAAGGCCUUACUGACCCGACGACCCACAUCACGUCUUUCAACAUUGCCGUACGCCGUGCAAACCUCUCCGACGAAGAACGCGACGCCGGCUACUGUCAACUCUUCGUCGAGAGCUUGAAAGGACCAGCUCUUACAUGGUUCACGGGCCUCGCUGAGAACUCUAUUAAAGACUUCCAUGACCUGUCGUCCGCCUUCCUCAAGAAUUACAUCAUGUUCACUCAGGAAGACGCGACAAUAUCUGAUCUUUUCAACCUUGCUCAAGGGAAAGAUCAGAGCCUGCGCAGCUUCAUGGAGAAGUUCAAAGCCAUAGUCUCAAAGGUCGUCUUACCCGACAGCGUCGCGGUCGCCGCGCUUAAAAACACGUUGUACGUCCACUCAGUUUUCCGUGAUGACCUCUACAGGAACCCCACGACGUCUCUUUCUGAUGCCAUCGCGCGUUCCCAUAACUUUAUACGCAUGGAAGAGGAUACAAAGGCCCUGAUAGGCAAGCUAAACGCGUCUAAAGCUGCAACAGCCGACAAAACCGGCGCGAAGAACGCGGAUAGUCGACAUGAGCCGCGACAACAUUCAUCAAGCGACCGAGCAGCCCAAAAGAAGAAUUUCGUGUACGCUGUUGAUGAAGAGAGCUCCCCGGCGUCGACGACUGUUGUGCGCGAGAAAGGAUGGAACGUUUACAACCGCGAAACCGACGGAAAACCGCCUGAUUCCUCCGCAGCAGUGAGUUCUCGGCCCCCGGGAGCCGAGAAAUGGUGCGAUUAUCACAACGCUAAGUCGCAUAACACCAGGGAAUGUAAGACGCUCUUCGAGCAAUUUCUCUCCUCUGUCGAGAACGGAAAACUCGAAAUCGAGCCCCCGAAACCUAGGACCCGAGGACCGACGAGCUGGAGUAAGAACAAAGACAGGAAAACCAGCAAGUCGCAAGGCAAAGCCCCUCAGCAAGAGAGACGAGCAACGCCCGAAGAAGCAGCCCCAGCAUCCCCGGAAAAGGGUAACUCGUCUAGCGACGAGGAAUCGCCGAGAAAUCGGCGACGCGUCGAGACUGUCUUCACAAGGCCCGCCAAGGGCACCGGCGAUCAUGAACUUCCGAAAACGAGAAGACGCAUCAACGUCGUCCUGACGCAACUGGAACCCCCAAGCGACCAACCUGAACAAGUUUCUCCUCCAGACCUGCGCGCUCAGCUGAGCCGCCCAUCACUUGGCGACCUACGGAACAUCCUCAAGCGGAAGGAGAAACCAGCGGCAGAUGCGGUCAGUCAUGUCCCCGAUCUCCGCGAGAAGAUCAACUCCUCUAAGACUCGCCGGUUGAAUAACCCAAGUCCCAUGAAGCCCCGCCCCGUGGAUCUGCGAGAAAAGCUCAAUUCCAGGAAACCAGAUUUGCGAGGCCAGCUCGAUCGCCCCCUCUACUCCGAUCUUCGACAAAAGCUCGACGUCUCUAGAACUCGGCAUCCCAACCAAGACAAAAACACCGUCAUCAACGUUAUUAUGGGAGGAUCCCCGCCCUGCGGCGAUUCCGUCAGGUCCAUUAAAGACUACCGUCGUCAGGCAACUUCCUCGCGUAAGUGGCCGACAAACCCCGAGAACGACCAUCAAAUCACUUUCUCGCCUGACGACGCCCUUGGCAUCCACAUGCCACACAACGACCCCCUCCUCGUUGAACUCGGAAUCGGCGACUGUCAGGUCACCAAAAUCCUCAUCGACACCGGCAGCUCUGUCGAUCUGAUCUUUCGAGACACACUCGACAAGAUGGGCGUCGAUACGGGAAGUAUGAAACCGUCAUCCCGCUCCCUUACAGGCUUCAACGGUUCCUCUGAAGCCAUGAUCGGCACAAUCCGUCUUCCAGUGUACGCAUGUGGCACGACACGGACCGUGAAGUUCUCGGUCGUCGACUCUAAAGCCCCCUAUAACGCGAUCCUAGGCACCCCUUGGUUGCAUUCAAUGCGAGCAAUCCCAUCGACUUACCAUCAAUGCGUCAAGUUCCCGGGACCAGACGGCAAAAUCCGAACGCUACGGGGCGAUCAGCAAGCUGCUAGAGAUCUGCUAAUCGCAGCCAUAAAACUUCAGCGACAAACCUCGCACGUCAACACCGUCUCAAACCCCUUACAGAAGGCGUUUCCCCAGCAAGAGGAGGACGAGCCCUAG